UCGUGACUCGGCAGCUUCCAAACAAAUCCUGGUUUACUUCGCUGAGUUCCUCCUGGAAAGCACCCAGAUUGGAUCGAGUCCGGCUCAUCUCAUUGUGUCAAUUGGAGUCGGUGGGGCCUUUGCUGCACUUCCGUUGAAACUGUUGGCACGCCCCUGGCAGGAUCAAUCCACCGUCUUGCACUGGAUUAGCCCAUCCCAUUCGUCCAUCGCCCUAGAUUUCGGCGACCUUGUCCCCGUUCCUAUUUCAGGUUCUUGACACACCCGGUCGUUUCCAUCUGGUCCACGAUGCCCGUGGCUGCCGAGAACAACAAGAAAAAGAAGGGCGGUUUGACCGAUGCGGCCGAAAUCGAAGCCAAGAUCAAUGAGAUCAUGAUCGAAGGCCCGGGUGGCCCCGCCCAAAAGAUGGAGGUCGACUAUUCCGAAACCACGGCCCAACAAAUCCCGAAAGCCCAAGCUUUGGCCGCCCAGGGCCAACUCCAAGCCGGAUUGGACCUUCUGCUCGGCCUGGAAAAGCAGACCCGCACCGGGGCUGACAUGCACUCCACGGCCAAAAUCCUGGUGGCCAUCGUGCAAAUGUGCCAUGAGGCCCAACAAUGGGACCUUUUGAACGAGCACCUGAUUCUGUUGUCCAAGAAACGGAGUCAGCUCAAGGCCGCCGUCACCAAGAUGGUCCAAGCGUGCACGGUAUGGAUCCAAGAAGGCACCUUGCCCAACCCCACGGUGGAACUGAAGCUCAUCGAGACCUUGCGCACCAUCACGGCCGGCAAGAUUUACGUGGAAACCGAGCGCGCUCGUUUGACUCAUCGCUUGUCGCAGAUGCAAGAAAAGGAUGGGGAUGUGGCGGCCGCGGCCAAGACCAUGCAGGAGUUGCAGGUGGAAACCUAUGGAUCCAUGGAGCGUCACGAGAAGGUCGAGUUGAUCUUGGAGCAGAUGCGCUUGUGUCUGGCCACGCAGGAUUACAUCCGCACGCAGAUCAUCUCCAAGAAGAUCAGCACGCGGUUCUUCGAAGAUCCCAAGAACCAGGCCCUCAAGUUGAAGUACUACGAGUACAUGAUCGAAUUGAACCAGCACGAGGGCACGUACCUGGACAUUUGUCGCUUCUAUCGUCACAUCUUCGAUACCCCUUGUAUUCAAGAGGACGAGACCAAGCGGAUGAAUAUCGUGCGAACCAUGUGCCUGUACGUAAUCCUCAGCCCGUACGACAAUGAGCAGUCCGAUCUGAUUCACCGGAUCAAGCAGGAGAAGGCCUUGGAGGACAUUCCCACCUAUAUCACGCUUUUGGAGGAGUUCAUCACCACCGAGCUGAUCGAAGAUGCCAAGUUCUGCCAGAUCUACGAGCAUCUCAUCAAGCAGAAAAAGAACCCCUCGGCCCCGGCUGUUUUUGACGGCUCCGAGCAAGGCAACAAACGUUGGGGCGAUCUAAAAAAGCGCAUCGUGGAACAUAACAUCCGGAUUGUGUCCAUGUACUAUACCCGCAUCCAUUUGAAGCGAUUGUCCGAGUUGUUGGCCCUCUCUGAGCACGAGACCGAGGACUUUCUGAACGCCAUGGUGGUCAAGGGCUCGGUGGUGGCCAAGAUCGACCGACUGGAAGGCAUCAUCAACUUCUUCGCCCAGAAGAAUCCCAAUGAUAUGCUCAAUGAGUGGUCGCAUAACAUCUCGGAGCUUAUGGAAAAGGUUCAGAAGACGACACAUCUGAUCAACAAAGAGGAGAUGGUGCACAAGCACAUGGCGGGAAAAGCCGAUGACUAGGUCGGUCCGAGGAGUCCGUCUUGAACGGAGGAUUAUGUGAAUAAAUAUUGGUACUCAAUAGACUGGAACGUUAAGUUAAGCCCU